ACUGGCAACUCACGAUUACCGACGGCAACUACGGCAAGUUGUGUACUGUAUACUGUGUGGUUCUGUCGUGGUGGAGGAACUAGGAAGCGGUAGCGAAGCUGAUAAGUGAGGCACGCAUGUCCACGUCACAUAGUUCACAGGCGAACGCUUCUUCUCGAUCGUGUCAGCGGAAUCGCCAAGGAAACCGCGAUGACCGGGGAUAACCGGCGGGCCGUUAUGCGCAAAUGGAUCUCGAGAGUGAUAAUCUCCACUUUUCUUGCACUCAUAUUUUUAAAUCUACCGACGAUCUGCAACAGCCACGGCUUCCACGAGUCGCCGAGUUACAAAUAUUCAAAAGAAGCCAACGAAAUCCAUUCGAAUAGAUAUCAGCAUCACGAUCACGAUCAUGAUCAUGAUCAUGAUCAUGAUCAUGAUCAUGAUGACAUACUUCAUAAACAUUCGCAUGCAAACGUUCCACGUAAGAACCAUAUCGAUAUUAUUAUAAGGGCAGUUGGGUCGACUGUGAUCAUAUCUGCUGCACCUUUCUUCAUAUUGUUCUUCGUACCAUUGGACAACACCGAACAACGCGAGUGGCUCCUCAAGAUCUUGCUGAGCUUUGCGUCUGGUGGUCUGCUGGGUGACGCGUUUCUUCAUUUGAUUCCACAUGCGAUGAUUCCUCAUGCACAUGACUCGGAUUUAGAGGUACAUUCACAUUCCCAUAGUCACCAAGAAGAGUCAGGACAUCACAAACAUGACAUAUCUGUUGGUUUGUGCAUAUUGUUAGGAAUAACGAUGUUUUUAAUAGUGGAGAAGGCAGUGCGCAUUAUUAAAGGUGGUCACAGUCAUUCGCACGUUCAUCAUGAUUCUCAAGAGAAAAAAGACUCGUCACUGGAGAAAAAAGAAAAGAAGGAGAAGAAAAACAGCGAUAAAGCGAUCUCCAAGAUACAGAAAGCACCUGAAAGCGAUAUCAAAAUCGCUGGCUAUCUGAACCUGGUGGCAGAUUUUCUACAUAACUUUACAGAUGGUCUAGCUAUAGGUGCUAGUUACAUGGCUGGAAAUAAUAUUGGUUAUAUAACAACAUUAACGAUACUGUUACACGAGAUUCCACAUGAGAUUGGUGAUUUUGCCAUCCUGAUACAAAGUGGAUACAGCAAAAAAACGGCAAUGGGAUUGCAAUUGAUUACUGCUAUAGGAGCUUUAUUGGGAACUUCUGUUUCUUUAUUAGCAGAAGGAAUGGGUGAUUUGGCGACAAAAUGGAUUCUUCCAUUCACAGCAGGAGGCUUUAUCUACAUUGCAACUGUUUCUGUAAUACCAGAACUUUUAACUGCCACUAAACUUUGGCAAUCGGUUAUGGAAAUAAUUGCACUUCUUUUUGGAGUGUACAUGAUGGUUUUUAUAACAAAAUAUGAAUAAGAAAUAUAUUUGCUCUAAAAAUAAUUUACUUUACCAGAUUAUUGUGUAAUAUUCAUUCAGUUUAUUUCAUUCUCGCUCAUUAAGUUCUAAGAAAAUUAUUUUAGAAAUACUGCAGAAAGAGAAAAAUAUUUACUUUUAAUGCAAUCAACAAAAAUUAUUGAAUUUAUGUAUCUUUGACAAAGAAGAUCGUAAAAUAAUCUAUAAAAGAAUUGUGAAAAGUAAAAUAUAAGAUACAAAAUAGUACAUUAUGUAACAAGGAUGUAAUAUCGAUAUUUUUUGCACAAGUGCGUUUACCCGCACGAAUGGAAAAGGCCGUUACGCCCGUGUUGCAUACCAUAUUUUUUGUUAUCUGUGCGUUGAUGUGUGGUCUCUUGAGUGCCUUGGGUCUUGCAAAUUGACAGAUUAGUUUAGGUUUACGAAAACGACGAAGCGUUGGUCAAUUCUGCUAGAAUUACCAUGCAUGUCGCGAAAUGACGCGUAUGCUGAAAAAGUCGCUCGAGUGUUUUUUGCCACAAUUCACGCCAUCUAUUAAAGAAUAAAAACUGCAAUAAUUAAAGUGUUGAAAUCGACGACUUAAAGUGACAUGAAAGAGAUCACUUUUUACGUACAUGUAACAAAAAAUCUUUUGUAGCAACUUUUACGUUAAGAAAAAACUCGGCGAUUUUGUAAAAAAUAUAUAUUUAAAAAUACAAAAA